UAUUCAUUCUCAUUUCUUUUCAUUGUCGAAAGUGAUUUUGUUGGAAAAAAGUUCAGUUUCAUUUCGGCUGUUGAAAAUUUUCACAUUAACAGUUAAAGGACGAUUCGCAGUUAAAAGUUAAAGAACAUCCAAAUAUGGAUCCGCAAGAAGGAAGCUCCACUGUGAGGCGAAAGCGUGCUGGAGGAAAGCGAACGCUGCAGCAAAUUGCUACGGAGUUUGUUUUUAUGGACGGCAUCUCAGCGCAUUGCCGAAUCGAAGAUUCCUCGGGUUGCCGCUAUGUCCAGGCAAGUUUCGAUAUCGGGAACUUUAUCAGACACUUUCGAGCGAAGCAUCCCGAGGCCGCGAAUAAAGCAGGUCUUCUAAAGGAAGAGGAUGCCGGAGAAAAACCGCGAAGCAUUCCGAAACGAAUGAUAGCCAUAGACAGCAAGUUGGUUAUAGAAUCCAUGCUAAAGCUGGUUUCAUAUCAUAAUCUGCCACUAGCGUGUGUAGAGUGGAAGGGUUUCCGAAUGCUGCUGGAUCCCCUGUCAACUGCACUUGGGAUUUCCUUGAAUAGAGACACACUAAAGCACCACUUGAAAGCAGCGGCAGAUCGGACCAGAGAAGAGGUAGCUAAGGAAAUGCGCAAUAAAUUAAUCUCCGUGAAAAUUGAUUCAGCUUCAAGGCUAAACCGGCAUGUUCUUGGCAUUAAUGUGCAAUACGCCGAAUCAGGAAAGGUAGUGAUACGCACCAUUGGUAUGAUUGAAAUCAAAGAGAGGCAAACUGCAGUCUUUCUCAAGAGCAAGGUUCUAGAAGUCCUGGAAACUUAUGGUGUCUCAGUUGAGCAGAUUUUUUCCGUAACGGUAGACAAUGGUUUGAACGAUGCAAGCUGGACUUUUAUUGAAAAUUAUGUGGAGGCGUUUAAACCGUUGUACCUGUGUACAAAAAGACUACAAGAAAAACACGUUUCACUUCCUGAUUUCUACUUAAGCUGGCUACAGGCUGUCAGUGAAAUCAAAAGUUUUCCAUCGAACCCAUUUGUUCCAAGUCUCAUCGCAUCUUUGUCACGACGUUUGGAAAAUUUAAAGACAUCAAGAGCAUUUCAAAUGGCACUAUACCUCGAUCCAAGACUGAACUACUUACAUUCGAAGUUCUUUAAUCCGAACGAGAAGUUAAUGAUUCAGGGCUACAUUACGGAUACCUGGGAUCGAAUUCGCAAGCAACGACCGCCCGAUGGAAUGGUUGCUGCUGAACAGAGCGGUAACAGCGACCACAGUCAGUUCGAUGAUUAUCUUACUGAAAUGUUUGGAGGCUCACUCGAUGAUUCGCUUACCUGUGAUUCAUCCAAAUUUGCCCAGCAAGUCAAAGCUUUAGAUGCCGAGCCACGUCAAGGUUUCAACCACGAUGUGUGGGAGUAUUGGAUACGGCGUCAAAAAAGUCAUCCUGAAUUGUUCGAAGUGGCAAUGGUUGCUCUAGCUGCGCCAUCCAAUCAGGUUUCUGUGGAACGUGCUUUUUCGGGUCUUGCGCUGGUUCUUUCACCGCAUAGAGCUGCACUUGGACCAGAUUCACUGGAAAAUAUACUUCUUCUGAAACUAAAUCGUGACAUUUUUGAGCAUGUCAUGCAAUGCUACGACUGGAAGGGUUUCAGCAGCACCCAAAACGAUCCUGUACCACCGUAGUUGAACUGAAAUACUGUUCAAUUGCUACCGAUCGACAGAAUGAAUAACAUGCACACUUUUAACUGAGUAAUACUUAAAGUUAAUCGAUUUUCUAAGUUCUUCCGAAUCUGAAAAAAUAAUACUGGCACUAAUAAACACCCCAA